AUGGGUGAAGGCAGUAAAAGAAGAAGAAUUUCAAGUACAAAAGACAAAGCAGGGAAGGCUGAAACUAAACCAAAGCACUCAUCAUGGUCAUGGUCAUGGUCAGACCUCCCUGAUCAACUGUUGGGACUUAUCCUAGGAAAGCUUUCCUUGGCAGACAUCAUUCACUGCUGCGCUGUUUGUUCUUCUUGGAGAUCCACCGCACAAUCCCAUUGCACUCAAAGUACUAGUACUACUCCAUGGCUCAUGCUUCCUGGCGACGAAAAGUAUGACUCGACUACUCGCUGCUUCUUUAAUCUCGCAGAAAACAAGGUUUACAAGAUGAAGAAUGCGUUCGAGGGAUUUGGCAAAGACGCUUGGUGUGUGGGCUCUUCUCACGGUUGGCUCGUAAUUCUGGAUGACGAAGCCAUCCCACAUCUCUUUAAUCCCUUCUCUAGAGUUCGGAUUCAACUUCCAUCUAUUCCCAAUGAAUUCCUCAGCCCAAACAUUGAUCGGGAUUACUUCGUUCAAUAUUUGCGGAAGAUUUUCAUCGCCAAAGCUGUGCUGUUGGCAGACCCAUCACGUUCCAACAAUUUUGGGGUGGUGGUGAUCUGUGGUUCUCUCUCAAGGCUUGCAUUUUGUAAGAAAGGGGACACAACGUGGACCGAACUUGCUGUCAGAUCUCUCAGCACAUACCAACAAUAUGUUGAAUACAGUGACAUUAUAUGCCACGAUAAUCAAGUUUAUGUCUUGGCAAGUGAUGCUUCGGUGGAAGUCUGGGAUUUUCGGAGUUCUUUUCCGACCAAAAUCAUGAGCAUUGAUAAACCAUCCACACUACAGAAAGUAGUUGGAAAUAGUUUUUUCAUACAUAAUCUUUCACCCAAGUUUUAUUUAGUCAAGACAUCCACUGAUUUUUUGUUCAUCAAACGGUUUAUUGGAGACUUUGUUAAUGCAGAAGGACUUGUUGUUGAUGAGGAUUACGUCCUAUAUAAUUCCGAAAUUUGCCCAUAUCGUACAAAGCUGUUUUAUGUUUACAGGUUGAAUUUCAGGCAGAACACAUGGGAACAGGUUGAAUCUUUGAACGAUCAGGUUGUGUUUUUGGGCGGAAAUCAGUCAAUAUCACUCUCCAGCCAUGAUCUUUUGGAGUGCAUACCAGAUUCGAUUUAUUUCACGGAUGAUAGAUGGGAUGAGAUGGAUGUGGACGACUCGUAUGGAGGCCACGAUAUUGGAUUUUUCAAUUUAGAUGAUCAAAGUAUUAAGCCAUAUUACCAUUUAAAUUUGGCGAGGAUCGAUCCACCAUCGUUUUGGAUUACUCCAAAUCUAUCUAUGGUGAAAGACAAAGAUGAUGUUAGCUAG